AUGGAGGCCGCGCAGUGGCGCCUUUGGGCGCUGUGCCUUUCGGCUUCCCUCUUCCUGGGGAGCUGCUCGGCCGCGGAGGAAGAGGCCGCCACGCAGCCAGCUCCCACCGCUGCCCCGCCACCGGUGGGGCAAGCAUGUGCUGCUUUUUCUGGGAAGACUUGUGACCAGUGUAUUCAAAACACUUCAUGUCUGUGGUGCAAUAAACAAUCCAUUUGUAUGGAUUACCCCGUGAGGAGUAUCAUUCCAUCAUCUACGCUGUGUCCGCUGUCAGAGGCUCGUUGGGGAGUCUGUUGGGUCAACUUUCAGGCUUUGAUCAUCAGCAUGGCUGUUGUAGCCGGCCUCCUUCUGCUUACGAUAGCAAGCUGUUGCUGUUACUGCUGCUGCUGCAGAGGUCGUCGUAGGGGGAGACUAGCUGAAGAAGAAGAAAGAUUUAUCAGAGAUCAGGAAGAAAAACGGCUGCAGUCCCUUCAGCGCAAACAUGAAAGGAAAGCGAAGCAUGACGAGAUACGCAAGAAAUAUGGUCUUCUCCAGGAUUCUGACCAUCCUUACAGCAGAUACGAGAAUGAAUGAAAGUGGACCUAUACAUUGCUUUCUUAAAAGACUUGGAAAUUUCAA